AUGAUCGGACGGACAGAAUGUCCCCCUCAAAAGCAGAUGCCAGCUGAUGCUGAUACCCUCACUCCUGUUCCUGAAGUGUUUGGAGUAAAGCAUGUGGCGGUUCGAAGUCGGGCUUUUGCCCUGUAUCCAGGGACAUCUUCCUGCAAGACUGCUCCAGAUGGCCGCCAUGGAGUACAAGAAACCCAGGGGAUGUUCUAUGCAGGCUCACUGCUAACUGUCUCAGGAUGCAGAAUGCCACUCACCCAGAGCAGGUCCUGUGGAGACACAAACCAGGAGAGCACCAUAGUGUGGAGCCGGAGAGGUACCCCCUUGAGCUUGGAGGCCCAGGAAAUCAUGAUGAGAGUCCAAGACAAGAAGAAAACCCUGCAAUGGCUCUAUCAGGACUAUAAUGUUAAUAGACACAGCAUACUCAGGCAGCUUGUGCCCACUUUGGGUAUAGAGUGA